CAAUUUUUUAGCAAUGGUAUAAUUAAAUAGCCAAAUUGCAGUAUAAUUCAUGUUUCAAUCUUUUCUUGUUGCUUGUUUUGGGGCCAGAAGCAGCAGCCACAGUUUGGCGACACGAUGAGCUUUAAAAAAAUGCUGGUUGGCCGCGCAUGGCUUCCAUUCCCCCCUUAGUUUUUUAACCACUGCCAACAAGAAAAGAAUAAGAAAAGGAAAAAAUACCUUAUCAAAAAAGAUAUGGUUCGCUUUAAACACCGCUAUCUCCUGAUAGACAUCUUGUACCCUCCAACCUCGCACCCGGACUCAAUUGUCGAUGCCGCUUCAACAACAGCCAAAUCGAAACAUACACAGGCCAUUCCCAACAAUGCAAAGACUAUUCAUCUCCUCAUCCACCGCCCGACCCCCGAUACGCUAACACCGCAGUCGCUGGCACGUGCCGUGCGCGAGCAUGUUGCGGAGAUAUUUGGUGAUUGGGGAAUGGGCAGGUUGGGCGGCAGCGGCGCGGGGGGUGUUAGCGUGAAAUAUCUGUCUCCCGCAACAUCCACGGCCAUAAUCCGCUGUCCCCGCGCGAGUUAUAGACUUGUCUGGUCCGCGCUGACAUAUAUGUCCCGUAUACCACCUGCGUCAUCCAAGAGCGGCAAGCCUGGAGUGAUGCAGAACGAUUGUGUGUUUCGUGUCGUGAGGGUUUCGGGGACGAUGCGGAGGGCGGAGGAAGAGGCCAUUGCGAGGGCGAGGAGGGAGGUUGUGCGGAUGCGGAUGAGGGGGGAGGAGGCGGUUGGUGGUGGAGUGCUCGAGGGGAGGUUUGGAGGGGAGACUGGGGAAGUGGACGCGGAUGUGGAUGUAGAAAUGGGGUUGGAUGACGAGGAAGACGAAGAAGGGGAUGGGAGUGAGGAGGAUUGAAUACGUGGGGAGGGUGUGCUUCGUGCCUCGACAUUCUCUAUGGGAUGAGAGAGUUAUCUAUCCUCGAACAGUUCACACGAACCGUAUCAUUCGCCCCCUCCGCGGAGCCAAACGCAUACCCUCCUGCCCGAUCAAUAACAUGUAACAAGCUCAUCAUGCUCUUCUUAUCCUCGACCGCGAGUGUUUCAAACCCCACAAGUCCGAAAUCCUGCACAAGCUCGACGAUCGCCUGAUUCAGUGCGUCGAAUUUCGAGUUUGCUAGGCGAGGGGAUUCCUCCUUUAAAUGCGGCAUGAGAUAGGAUAGGUCUUGGACCUCUGUGUAAAAGUCUAGAUUGAAGGGGAGUGGGGGGUAGUUGGAGAGGUUGUCUAUUUUGGUGAGGACGUUGAUGUGAGGUAGAUCCAUUUGGAGCAUGGCGCGGAGGGAGAGGAGGAGGGCGGAGAUGUACAUUGAAGGGAGGGUAAGAUUAUAGGAAUCGAUAAGAUGGAUUACGACGAGCUGUUGAGGAUGGGGGGUUAGUUAUGAAUGGACAAGAGACUUUGCAGUUGGGAGGAGGAGGUUUUGAUGAGGACUGGGUGAGUGCAGACUCUGUACCCAAGUUUUUGGAUUUGGAAGAAAAUAUUUCGCAAUGACGAGUGGUGUGUAAAGAGUUCGACUUGGCCCGGGCAAUCGAAUAGAACAUAGUCAUCUGCGAUGCAUCCAAAAUACUUAAAGUUAGCUGCAUUCUCCAUCCAUAAAAAAAGCUUACAAGAAACACACCUCCUAGCCCCUCCAAGCCCUCCUUUAGCCAGUCAAAGUUCG